CUGGUGGGCAACAAGCAUUAGAAUUCUUCCCGAGGUCUACCAAGACGACGACGAUGUUCCUCCGUCGCACGCUUGCGAGCGCGCGCGUCCUCGGUGCGCCCCGCGCCAUGUCGACGGCCCUUGAAGCCAAGCCGUGGACGCCCGAAUCCAAGCGCACGGGCCUCCUCGCCACCAAGAUGGGCAUGAUCUCGGUCUUUGACGACUGGGGCCUCUCGCACGCGUGCACGGUCCUCCAGGUGGAGGAGUGCCAGGUCACACAGGUCAAGGACAAGGAGACGCACGGCUUCACGUCGCUUCAAAUUGGCGCUGGCCUGCGCAAGGCCAAGAACGUGACCAAGCCCGUGCUUGGCCACCUCGCCAAGGCCGGCGUCCCCGCCAAGCGCGAGCUCGCCGAGUUCCGUGUCACGGACGAUGCGCUCAUCCCUGCGGGCACGACGCUCAACGCGCUCCACUUUGCGCCUGGCCAAUACGUCGACGUGUGCGGCACGAGCAAGGGCAAGGGGUUCCAGGGUGUCAUGAAGCGUCACAACUUUGCGGGUCAGCCGGCGUCGCACGGUAACUCCAAGACGGAGCGCCACAUGGGUUCGUCGGGCCAGUGCCAGGACCCCGGUAAGGUCUGGAAGGGCAAGAAGAUGCCGGGUCGCAUGGGCGGCAAGCGCGUCACGCGCGACAACCUCUGGGUCUUCAAGGUCGACCCCGAGCGCAACCUCCUGUACGUCAAGGGCACGGUCCCCGGUGCGCCGGGUGGCAUCGUGCGCGUCACGGACGCCCGCAAGAAGAAGUUUACGGACGACGCGUUGCCGCCGUUCCCGACGUUCAUCCACGACGGCGCGGCCUUGCCGGGCCCGAUCAUGGCGCCCAAGAGCGAGAAGGAUCCGUACCACUUCGAGGAAUAGAGUUACAAUAAUACAGGCGGGCACCAUGUCGUUCCCAUACUACA